AUGGAUAAAUCUUGGAUGCACAAGAGUAGAUUGUCUAAAGAUUAUGAGUUGGGUGUGGAAAACUUCAUCAAAUUUGGAUUUUCUAAUACAACUAGCUCCUAUAUUCGUUAUCCUUGUUUGAAAUGUGGGAUUGUGAAAAACAUAGUAGAAAGGGUUAGAGAUCACUUGUAUGUUAAUGGUAUUGAUGAAAGUUAUAAAAUUUGGUUUUGGCAUGGGGAAGAACUUCCUAACUCAUCCUUCUAUGAUGAAUCUUCAAAGUUUGACAUCCAUACAUGUGAAGAUCAGGAUGUUGGAAGUGUAAAAGAAAUUAUUGAAGUUGCUCAUGAGGAGUAUUCAAAAGACCCAACUGGGUUUGAGAAGUUGCUUAUUGAUGCUGAAAAACCAUUGUACGAAGGAUGCAAAAAGUGGAAAAACGUCAAGGAUACAAAUGAAAGGAGAAAGCAAAUUCCCUCUAAAGUGAUAUGGUACUUUCCAAUCAUUCCACGAUUUAAAAGGCUAUUCAGAAGCAUUGAAUGUGCUGAAAACUUGACUUGGCAUUCUACUAAAAGAAUUAAUGAUGGUAAGUUACGACAUCCAGCAGACUCUCCAGCAUGGAAGUUAGUAGACAUGAAAUGGCCAGACUUCGGUUCUGAACCCAGAAAUCUUCGUUUAGCAUUGUCAGCCGAUGGAGUAAAUCCUCAUGGACCAAAACAACCAGGGGAUGACAUAGACAUAUACUUAUCACCACUAAUUGAAGCUUUAAAACUUUUAUGGGAAAGUGGUGUUGAAUGUUAUGAUGCUUAUCGAGAAGAACCAUUCAACUUAAGGUCAGUUUUGUUGUGGACAAUCAAUGAUUUUCCUGCAUAUGGUAACCUUAGUAGAUGUUGUGUGAAAGGGUAUAAAGCAUGCCCAAUUUGUGGAGAUAAUACAAAUUCUAUAAGGUUAAAGUAUGGGAAGAAAAUGGCAUACCUUGGACAUCGUAGAUUUUUGGCACGAAAUCAUCCGUAUCGACGACAAAAGAAGUCAUUCAAUGGUAAAAAAGAACUUGAUACAAUUCCAGAGCCACUUUCUGGGGAGGAUGUGUAUUUAAAAUUGAAAGAUCUUGAAUUUUCUAGAGGGAAGAAGAACCAUAAGAAACGGUUGAUGAACAGAAGUGACAAAAUUUGUUGUACACUUCUUGAUAUUCCUGGGAAAAGUAAGGAUGGAUUGAAUGUUAGACGCGAUUUAGUUGAUCUAAAACUUCGACCAGAGCUUGCCCCUAUCAGCAGUGAAAAGAAAAUAUUCAUUCCGCCUGCGUGUUAUACUCUUACAAAGGAUGAAAAACGAUGUGUUUUGAAGACUUUGUCUGGAAUAAAGGUUCCUGAAGGUUACUCUUCCAAUAUUAGAAACCUUGUGUCAAUGACAGAUUUAAAACUUAAUCGUUUAAAAUCUCACGAUUGUCCUGUGCUCAUACAACAGUUGUUUCCCAUUGCGAUAAGAUCAGUGCUACCGAAACAUGUUCGUUACGCUAUAACUAGGUUGUGCGUCUUUUUCAAUUUUGUAUGCAACAAGGUAUUAGACGUACAACAACUAGACAAGUUGGAAGAAGAUAUUGUGGUAACAUUGUGUUUGUUUGAAAAGUAUUUUCCCCCUUCAUUCUUCACAAUCAUGAUUCAUCUCACAGUACACAUAGUUAGAGAAGUCAAACUUUGUGGCCCUAUAUAUCUUCGAUGGAUGUAUCCCUUUGAAAGACUCAUGAAGGUCAUUAAAAACUCUGUGAGGAAUAGAUAUCGUCCAGAAGGUUGUAUUGCUGAAAGUUAUUUAAUAGAAGAAGCUGUUGAAUUUUAUACUGAUUUCUUAUUUGGGGUAGAUUCCAUUGGACUUGGGACUCGCAAGUCACAAGACCAUUUAGAUACUUCAAACAUUGGUAGUCCAUGGGAGUUUCCUUUCAAACCUCAACAAAAACUUCUACAUCAAGCUCAUCAAUAUGUAUCAACUGAGCUUGAAGUUGGAAAUGUUGGAGUUUCAGAUAACUUACGAUGGAUUGCUCAUGGCCCUCAUCCUUUUGUUAUUAGAUAUAGUGGUUAUGCAAUCAAUGGAUGUCGCUAUCACACACAAUCUUGUGAUAAAGAACGAAGUGUACAAAACAGUGGAGUUAGCUUAGUUGCAAAAACAAUGCAAGUGUCUAGUUCUAAAGAUAAAAAUCUGGUCAUCGAAGAUAUCGGUGUUCAGAUUGAUGAACUUAGUUAUGUUUUAGUUGAUUUGAAUAGAGUAGGACACAAGUCAGACUCCUUCAUACUAGCAAGUCAAGCAAAACAAGUUUUUUAUGUUGAGGAUCCAAGCGAUGUUAGAUGGUCAGUUGUGCUUACUCCACCACAAAGAGACUUUGAAGAUAGAUAUAACAACGAUGAACUUGGUGAUACAAUACUACAGUGUGAAGGAAUACCCAAUGGUAUGCCAGAUGUUGACUUAAAUAAUGACUUGGAUGACAACAUCUUAACAUACGUACGAGCAUAUUGUGAAUGCACAUGGAUACCUACAUAA